UUUGUUGUUGUCGAACGGCUCGCAGUCGCUGCGCUUGGAGCAGGGCCGUCAGUAUGCUGAAAACUUUGCCCAGGUUCGGUACGGAAAUCGAAAUCGAGGAAAGACUGCGCGACGCCCACGGCGGAGUCCGAUGUUGUUACCAGUUGUUGUGGCUUUAGCUGCCUGGCGGAGUGGAUUUCGGUGUUUUGUGCGCCAUGACGAUUACGAUUCUGGCUGUCACUCGGUCUGGGUCUGGACUGGCUUUAAUUCAUAACUCGCUGGCGUCGUCGCGUUCGUGACUUGAGUCUUACAGUGCAAUCAAUCAAUCAGUGCGGUUUGGUCCAUCGAUCGGUCGAUGAUUGGCCAUUUUUAGACGCGCAAUUGUCUAAUGUCAAAGCGCUAAGUGCUCCAGCCACAAAAAGCCAAACAGUUCCAAGGUUCCGCGGGCGCUCCAGUUACCCAAUCGUCGACUACUUCCCGCUCCGCUUAGACUCUGGCUAUUGUGUAUCUUCGCAUCGGUAUCUGUAUCUGUAUCUGCAUCUGUAUCUGUAUCCGUUUUCGUAUAUCUGUUUGCUGUUUGCUAAUCCGCUCUGGUCAUGCUCCGCGAGCUGGCCAUGACAAUUGUGUGUGCCCAGUGAUCGCAUAACAGCCAUGUUCCUCAAGCCCAAAAGCUUUGAGCAGUCGCUGCGCGGCGGAAUCGUUCCGGCUGUGCCAGCAGCUCCGGGAUCGGGUCUGAAUCCCUCUUUUCACAAGGGUUGCACGGGCAAGGCCCAUGCCUGUGGAACGAACAAAUCCCAGCGAACUGGAGGAGGAGGAGGAGGGUCUGGAACGGCAGCCACCGGAGGAUCGAAGGCUGGCCGGCAGACGCCCAAGGCUCAGCGCAAGAACAGCAUAAGUUCGGAGACGAUCAGCGAGAGUGGUUCGGAGAACUCCAACAGCUGGCCCUCCUCCUCCUCGGCGGCGGUUCCUUCUACCGCUCCGCCUCCGAAACCGCCGCGACUGGCGGCCACUAAAGCUAAGGAGGCGGCUGCCUUGGCUGGCUCUCCACCACAACCUCCGGUCACGCCAAUAUUCGAGCGAUCAACCAAGAGAUCCCUCAGUUUCCGGAGCAGCAACAGUAAGAAUGCUGAAGCGAAGGCUUCCCCGGGGGAAACUCCUCCAUCCGUCCACCUUGGAACAUUUCCGCCGUAGCUGCAUCGAAGUAUGCCGCUGCAGCUGCCGCCAAUGCCCCACA